AUGCUCCUCGCCCCGGAAUUCGCGAACGAUUUCUAUUACAAGAAGGGCGCGGUUGAAGCCUCGCCGAAGUGGCAAGCGUGGAUGGGCCAAGCGUUGGUCGGUAACGGCAUCACGAUGUUGAUGUCGAGAAAAGUCGCGACGAAGCAACAAAUGCAAGGCGCCGCGGUCGCGUGGGGUACCGCGUUGCCGAUCAUGGCCAUGCAAAAGGACGAUUUUAAGCCGGAACAGUUGAUCGCGAACGCGGCGUUUUGCGGCGGCAUGGCUUUGUUGUGCGCCAAGGUCAGCGACAAGAUGUAA